UGUAUGGAAACAGUUUUGGGAAGGUCCUUUCCUGUUUCAGCAUUACAAUAUUUCCAUGAAAAGGCCAAGUCAAUAAAGAAUAGAAGAAUUGGGCUGGCCAUGACCUCAAAUCUUUCCAACACUUUUGGGAUGAAUUGGAACACCGACUGCCAACCAGGCCUUAUUGCACAGCAUUACUAAUGCUCUUGUGGCUCAAUAGGAGCAAAUUCUUGUUCCAUAAUCUUGUGAAAAGUCAUCAUCAUAACGCCUGUAGUUCAUGUUUUCAGAUACUUUUUGCUAUGUAGUUUAACAACCACAACAAAUGCAUACAUGCAUCCGAUUCCUCACACAAACUCAUAAGUCAGGCAUGGAUUGGGAUGAAGUUCACACAGAGCUGGAGGUAAAAGUGGACGCGGCACUGCGUUGCUGUGAACAGCAUCAGACUGUAGAGCAGAAAUUGAUCCUCUGAUGCUGCAUUUCCUCAGGGAGGCCGACUUCCUGCCUAAUGGCUGUUAGGCAGCAAGAAAUGGACGAGGAAGAGAUGGCCUGCAGAGCACUUAGACACUUAGACAUCAUACACGUCUAUAGAAAAUAAAUUUGUGUUUACGCUCGCAGAGGAAACGCACACACAUAUAGACAGAUGGAGAGUGAAUACAGAGCAUGAUUGGUUGACGGCGAGUUGUGACAGAGAUGGAAAAACUUUUACAAGUGACCGAUGCUGUGGCUUCCUAUUGAGGGUAGAAGUUGGGAUGGAGGACAGAGAAGUCACAGAGCAGUUAACGCACAGAUGGGAGGAGAGCACUGCUACUAUCAGGGGAAGGUCAGAGGCAUUCCUCACUCCUUUGUGGCUGUCUCAACCUGUCACGGAUUACAUGGGAUGUUUUUCGAUGGCAAUCACACCUACAUGAUUGAACCUGGAGGACAGGGCAGCAGCAAUGGUGAUGUCCGCAUUCACAUGAUAUAUAAAUCUGCAGGGCAUGAGGGAUUUAAUGAUCUCCUCAAUGGUGAUCUUCCAGAGCCGCCUUUUCCCAGCCCUCCAUUUCCAGGGUCCAAAGUUGUUCACGGGAGAAAAAAGAGACAGGCUCAACAUGUGUCACGCAGUGUAGAGGAUGAGACCAAAUACAUUGAGUUGAUGGUGAUCAAUGACCAUUUAAUGUACAAGAAGCAUCGGCUUUCCGUUGGGCACACGAAUAACUAUGCUAAGUCAGUGGUCAAUAUGGCUGACAUGAUUUUCAAGGAACAGCUUAAUACCCGGAUUGUGCUGGUUGCCAUGGAAACGUGGUCAGCUGACAACAAAUUCAACAUUGAUGAUGACCCCAUGGUGACGCUGAGGGAGUUCAUGAAGUUUCGAAAAGACUUCAUCAAGGAGAAAUGUGACUCUGUUCACCUCUUCUCAGGGAAUCGUUUCCAUAGCAGCUGGGGAGGAGCUUCCUAUAUGGGAGGAGUUUGCUCCCGGACUAAAGGAGGGGGUGUUAAUGAAUAUGGGAAAACAGAUGAGAUGGCCAUAACCCUCGCUCAGUCUCUUGGACAGAACAUUGGCAUCUUUUCUGACAAGAAGAGGAUCCUCAAUGGCGAGUGCAAGUGUGAUGAUCGUUGGUCGGGCUGUAUCAUGGAUGAUGUUGGUUUCUACCUGCCCAAGAGGUUCUCCGACUGCAACGUGGAGGAGUACCAUAACUUUCUAAACAGUGGUGGAGGAGCCUGUCUGUUCAACAAACCUCUGAAGUUAUUGGACCCUCCAGUGUGUGGAAAUGGCAUUGUGGAGCCAGGAGAGGAGUGUGACUGUGGCAGCCCAGUGGAGUGUGCCAGAGAGGGGGAGGCCUGCUGUGACAAGUGCACCCUAACCCAAGGCUCCAAGUGUAGCAACGGACUCUGCUGUAACAGCUGCCAGAUGGAGUUCAUGGGAGUUGUUUGCAGAGACGCUGUGAACGACUGCGACAUCCCGGAAAACUGCACAGGCAACUCCAGCCAGUGUCCACCAAAUGUGCACAAGAUGGAUGGCUACACAUGUGAAAAGGACCAGGGUCGAUGCUUCAAUGGAAGGUGCAAAACCAAAGACAGACAGUGCAAGUACAUUUGGGGAGAGAAGGCAACAGCGGCCGACAAGUUCUGUUACGAGAAGUUGAACAUCGAAGGGACGGAGAAAGGCAACUGUGGGAAAGACAAGGACACCUGGAUCCAGUGUAACAAACAGGAUGUUCAUUGUGGGUACCUGCUGUGCUCCAACAUCUCACCCGCCCCGCGAUUGGGAGAGCUGCAGGGAGGGCUGACCUCUUUCUCAGUAGCUCGGCACAGUGCUUCUCUUGAUUGCAGCGGAGCUCAUGUGGUGAUCGACGGAGACACUGACCUGGGAUACGUUGAGGAUGGGACUGCCUGCGGGACAGACCGCAUCUGUUUCAAUCACAAAUGUCUCCCCAUCCAACAGUUCAAUUUCAGCACCUGCCCCGGGACCACCGACAAGACCGUCUGCUCUGGACAUGGGGUGUGCAGUAGUGAGCUGAAGUGUGUGUGUUACCUGGGCUGGGCAGGAGAGGACUGUAACUCCACGUCUCCUCUCAGUUAUCUUGUGGUCGGACCCACUGCUCCAGUUUCAGGUAUCACCAGUACCAACAUCAUUAUCGGGGCCAUCACAGGCUCCAUCCUCGUCCUCGCCCUCAUACUGGCUGUUACAGCCUGGUGUUACAAGAGCUACAAGCAGAGAUGCUACGUUGAGUCUGAAGUUCACCGAAGAUUCUGCCGACAAAUGCCCCCAGGUGACUAUGUAACAAAGCCUGGGGAUGCAGACUCCUUUUACAGUGACAUGCCUCCAGGUGUCAGCACAAACUCCGGCUGCAGCUCCAAGAAGAGGUCAGCCUGCCUGUCGCACCUGCAGAUUUGCACCCUGUCCUUCACUCCCUCCAUCCCAUCCAUUUCUCAGAACAUCUCACUGUUUGGCUUCAGAUCUAAUGGCCUAUCCCACUCAUGGAGCGAGAGAAUCCCAGAUGCCAAACACAUCUCUGACAUCUGUGAAAACGGGCGACCGAGGAGCAACUCAUGGCAAGGGAAUCUGAGUGGUAAUCGUAAGAAACUGAAAGGAAAGAAGUUCCGUGCUCGCUCCAACUCCACAGAGACGCUAUCCCCUGCCAAGUCUCCCACUUCCUCUACAGGAUCUAUUGCAUCCAGCAGGAGAUACCCGUACCCUAUGCCCCCUCUCCCCGAUGACCAGAGGAAAGCCAACAGGCAGAGUGCCAGGCUGUGGGAGACUUCAAUAUAACAGCCUUCUUAUCCACUCUG